AUGGCUACUCUUUCCGUUGAGUUGAAGACGCCCAUCACUGGUCCAUACCAACAGCCAAUCGGCCUCUUCAUCAACGGCGAAUGGGUUAAAAGUGUUGAUGGAAAGAAGCUCGAAGUCGUGAACCCAUCCACCGAGGAAGUUCUCGUUUCGGUCUAUGAAGGGACUGAAAAGGACAUUGACCUCGCUGUCGCCGCGGCUCGGGUAGCUUUCAACACUACCUGGAAGACCACAACACCUGAGCAGCGAGCCAUCCUGCUCCUCAAACUUGUUGAACUGGCUGAGAAGAACAAGGAGUUACUCGCCGCAGUCGAAUCACUUGAUAAUGGAAAGUCAAUCAAUAAUGCGCGCGGCGACGUGGCCGCUGUGAUCGGCUGUCUGCGCUACUAUGCUGGGUGGGCUGAUAAGAUCGAGGGGAAAACCAUCGACAUUGACCCUGGAAUGCAUCAUUAUACGAGACUCGAGCCACAUUAUGUCGGCCCCAUGUGUUAA